GUCCGUGCCGCACCGUAGCAGACAUCUUCUACGUCCUUGACUCCUCUGGCAGUAUCGGAGCAGAGAACUACACCAAACAGCUGCAGUUUGCUGCCGAGAUAGCCCGGGCCUUCACACUAGGACCACAAGACGUGCAGUUUGGUGCGCUCAUCUUUGGCACCGUGGUGCAGAAGUUGUUUGAUUUGAAUACCUACAAUACACAGUCCACUCUAGCUCGGGCACUGAACUCGGCCCCCUACAUGAGAUCAGCGACACAGACUCAUCUAGCCCUCAACUACAUCACUGAGAAUGACUUGUAUGGACCACAAUAUGGCGGCCGCCCUGAUGCCAAGAAACUCAUCAUCGUCAUGACAGAUGGGAAAUCUGAAAAUAUGAUCGAAACCUCCAGAGCCGCUGAACGACUAAGGAACAAAGGAUUCAUCAUCAUCACCAUCGGUAUUGGCGACGCCUACGAUCAGGAGCUCAAGCUGAUGGCUGGUGAUCAGGACAACGUCUUCAGGGUCGCGACCUUUGACCUGUUGACCAAGCUCAAACAAAAAGUUUCGCAGCGAACUUGUGACGUACCAAUCGGGACCACGGCAGCACCGAAACCAACUGAACCCACGAUGGAGCCUGCCACUGAACAGCUUUGCCGUACAACAGCUGACGUGAUAUUUUUGCUGGACGCCUCAGCCAGCGUGGGCAGAAGUAAUUUCAUCAGACAGCUGACCUUCGCAUCCCUGAUAGCCCGGGGGUUCGUGGUUGGCCCCACCGACGCCAUGUUCGGCAGCAUCGUGUUCAGUGAUGUCGCCCAGAAGAUGUUUGACCUCGAUGAUAAUCCGGAUCAGAAGUCGAUCGUUGAGGCAUUGAUGUCCACUCCCUACGCCGGUAGAGGCACCAAGACCCACAAGGCCCUGCAGCUGAUAUCCUCCAACAACAUGUUCAUGUCAACAUCCGGUGGGAGGGACGACGCCAAGAACAUCGUCAUCCUCAUCACCGACAGCCCUUCAGAUGACUCUGCCAGCACUAUUCGUGCGGCUAAAGAGUUAAAAGACCUUGGUGUGUCUAUCAUCACUGUUGGUAUCGGCAAGUCCUCAGAAUCUGAACUGCUAUCUCUGUCCGACGAUCCGAAAAAUUAUUUCGUGGUUAGCAACUACCAAGACCUACUCAAUCUCAGGCAGAAGGUCACUCAGCGAGCGUGUGAAGUGUCGAAAGAAUCGGUGGUGUUUCCCACAGAAACAGUGAAAGUACCAUCUACAACAGCAACUCCAGCCACGGCAUCUACUACUAUUACAACACCUACAACAACAACUACAACAACAUCUACAACAACACCUACAACAACAACUACAACAACAUCUACAACAACACCUACAACAACUACGCCUACCACAACAACCACAAAAACUACACCUACUACAACAUUUAUGCCUACUACGACGACCACACCUACCACAACAACAACAAAACCCACACCAACUACAACCUUUUCUACUACGAUGACCACGCCUACUCUAUCAACCGUAACAACACCUACAACAACAGCAACGCUUACAAGUACCACACAAAUUACAAGCACAAUAACACCCACCAUUACAACUACACCUACAGUGUCUACUACUACAGCACUGACCACAUGCCAGCCUGUGGUGGACAUUGUCUUCCUGAUGGUCCAGUCGGCCACCAUUCAGGCAGACGAACACAAGGCCCAGAUGCAGUUCCUCGCUGACCUCUCGGAGAAGUUCAAGGUUGGCCAGUACGACGCCAGGUACGCCUCGGUGAUCUAUGCCCAGGCACCGUACAAACAGUUUGACCUCAAGUCGUCCAAAAGUAAUGCUCAAGUCACAAAGGUGUUGCUGAGAGCGCUGUACCGGCGAGGUUCCACGCUGACGUCCAAAGCCCUAGAGUACGUCUACUCGACCAACAUGUUCGACUCGUCUGCUGGUGCCAGAGACAUCGCCACCAAGGUGCUGGUCAUCGUCACAGACAGCCCGUCCAAGGACCAGGCCGCCAGUUCUGCCGCGGCCCAACAGUUGAGGGCAAAGGGUGUGAACAUCCUGGUGCUGGCCGUGGACGGGGUGUCGGACAAGGAGGUCAACGCCAUAGCAGGCAACACCAGCAACGUCUUCAAGACGGAGAGCUACGAGCAGCUGCCUCAACUGAUGGACAAAUUUGUCAGCCGAAUUUGUACAGUGUGGAAGGAAGAUGACGAUAAAAAACAGACUGUGGACACCUGCAACACCGUAGCAGACAUCUUCUACGUCCUGGACUCCUCCGGCAGCAUCGGAGCAGAGAACUACACCAAACAGCUGCAGUUCGCUGCCGAGAUCGCCAGGGCCUUCACACUGGGGCCACAAGACGUGCAGUUUGGUGCGCUCAUCUUCGGGAAAGAUGUGAAGAAGCUGUUUAAUCUGAACAAGUUCACUUCUCACUCUGAACUAACUAGGGCCCUAGUGACGGCACCCUACAUGAAGACCGCCACCAACACACAGUUAGCCCUCACUUACGUCAUGGACAACGACCUGCUCGGUCCCUCGUACGGGGGGCGCCCGGGGGUCAAAAAGUUGAUUAUUGUCAUGACAGAUGGCAAAUCUGACAACAUGAUCGAAACCGCCCGUGCCGCAGAACGACUGAGGAACAAAGGAUUCAACAUCAUCACCAUCGGCAUUAGCGACGCCUACGAUCAGGAGCUCAAGUUGAUGGCUGGGGAUUCAGACAACGUCUUCAAAGUUGAAACCUUUGACCUUUUGAAUAAACUGAAGCAAAAAGUCUCACAGAGAACAUGUGCCGUUACAGUUGGACCGACGAUAGGUAAAAACAUUUGGUGGGGCUCCCGGCAGUCCUCCCAAGAAACAAAAACUAACGAACCCACUCUUGGAACUGUCGUUAUACCUACCAUAAACCCCACUGAACAGCUUUGCCGUACGACAGCCGACGUGAUAUUUUUGCUGGACGCCUCAGCCAGCGUGGGCAGAAGUAACUUCAUCAGACAGCUGACCUUCGCCUCCCUGAUAGCCCGGGGGUUCGUGGUCGGCCCCACCGACGCCAUGUUCGGCAGCAUCGUGUUCAGUGAUGUCGCCCAGAAGAUGUUUGACCUCGAUGAUAACCCGGACCAUCUGUCAAUCAUUGAGGCUCUCCUGUCCACCCCUUACGUGGGUAAAGGCACCAACACCCACAAAGCCCUAGAACUCGCUGGAAACAUGUUUGAGACAACAUCCGGGGGCAGGGAGUCUGCUAGAAAUGUCAUCGUCUUGAUCACAGAUGGUGGUUCUGAUAGCCCAGCUGCCACACUGGCCGCUGGGCAGCAGCUAGCCAAUCAAAACGUCACCAUCAUCGUGGUCGGCAUAGGCAAAACACCAGAGAAGGAACUUGCUAUUCUGGCAGGCGACUCGAACUAUUUCAGAGCGACAAGUUACCAGGACUUGAUGGAGCUGAGGAAAAGUGUCUCUGUGAGAAUCUGUCAGGGUACAAGUCCAGCUGUAACUACGGCAUCAACGACAUUAACUACCCCAACCACUACCCCAACCACACCAACGACAACAACCACACCAACUACCACUACUACCACACCUACCACAACUACAACAGUAACAACUACUACAACAAAAGCCCCCAUCCCCGUGUGCAAGGCUUUGGCCGACAUUAUCCUAGUAAUGGACGAAUCCGGAUCGAUUGGGGAAUUAAACUUCGAGAAACAGCUCAGGUUUACGGCACAACUGGUCAGCAACUUUAAGAUAGGACCUAACGACGUACGGUUCGGCAGUGUCGUGUUCAGCACGUUCACUCGAAAAGCUUUUGACCUGAAGAGUUUUUCUACGGUCGAUACACUCAAAAAGGCCAUACUGGAGACAGCCUACCUGGGUGGUAGAACCAGGACACACCUGGCCCUUAGACUGGUCAGGGAAAUGAACAUGUUUGAUGUCGCCUACGGUGGGAGGCCUAACGCAGCCAAGGUUGUCAUUCUAUUGACGGAUGGGGCAUCUAACGAACCUGACGAAACUCUGAAAGCUGCAGAAGAGCUUAAGCGAAUUGGCGUGACAAUCAUCACAAUCGGCAUAGGAGUAACAGUUGACAAGGAGCUAAAGGCAGUGGCCAGCAAGGAUAGUGACGCCUUCAUGGCCGCUAGCUACGACUCAAUUGGUCUCAUUGAGGGGGAGGUCACACGAAAAACGUGCAAUGAAAUUGUAACUGUUACGCCUACGAUACCCAGCACUACUACAACGAUAGCAACCGCACCCCCUGCCACUAAAUGCCCACCCAACACCCUCGCCGACCUGAUCCUAGUCAUGGAUUCCUCUGGAAGUAUCGGGGCAGACAAUUGGCCAAAGUUGCUCAAGUUCGCCGUGGACAUCACCAAACUCUUCACCAUCGGCCCUAAAGACAUCAGGGUGGGAGCACUGACCUUCAGCCACGACAUCAGGAAACUCUUUGACCUCAACACAUUCUCAAACUCUGCUGACAUGGAAUACGUGUUGACCUCCGCACAGUUCCUGAACUCUGACACCCAGACCCACAAGGCUCUAGACUUCAUCAGCAACACCUACAUGUUUUCUGCACAGCGAGGGGGGCGAGAUAACGCCAAACACGUGGUGUUGUUGCUCACUGAUGGCGUGUCGACCGUACAGGAUGAGACUCUCAGUGCCGCCCAAGCAUUGAAAGACGAUGGUGCCAUCAUCAUCGCUGUCGGUAUUGGUGACCAGAUAUCUCUGGCAGAGCUCAAUGAGGUGGCCAGCUCGCCCAGAGAUGUUGUACUGACCACAGGCUACGAUAGUUUGAACUUCAUCAAAAAAACUGUUGUAGAGUUGGUAUGCAAUGGGUAUAUUUGA